UCAGUCAGUCACGGAGCGCGCGCCGCGGUAGCUGAGGGCGCGCUCAGCGUUCGGGAGAGGAGCGGCGCGCUUGGAGAGGCGGCGGCGGCGCGGCGGGGGUACGCUAGCAGCUGCUGCCUCGCUCGGGGCUCCCGGAGGGCCGAGGGGCUGCCACGAUGGAGCAAUUAUCAGAUGAAGAAAUUGACCAUGGUGCUGAAGAAGACAGUGACAAGGAGGAUCAGGACCUGGAUAAAAUGUUUGGAGCCUGGCUUGGGGAACUGGACAAACUGACUCAGAGUUUGGAUUCUGACAAGCCUAAAGAACCAGUGAAAAGAUCUCCUCUUCGUCAGGAAACAAAUAUGGCCAACUUUUCUUACCGGUUCUCCAUAUACAACUUAAAUGAAGCUCUGAAUCAGGGAGAGACUGUGGAUCUGGAUGCCCUGAUGGCUGAUCUCUGCUCCAUAGAACAGGAGCUCAGCAGUAUUGGCUCAGGAAAUAGUAAACAUCAAGUCACAGAACCUAAAGUCACUCAGAAGCUACCUAGCCGGCAUACGUCAAAACAUGGCUCUCUGAGAGGAAUAGGAGUAUCAUCUUCUUCUAAUAGAACAACUACUAAACCUUCCCAUGCUAACUACUCCCUGGAUGACAUUACGGCACAAUUAGAACAGGCUUCCUUGAGCAUGGAUGAGGCUGCUCAGCAAUCUGUAGUAGAAGAUUCUAAACCUUUAAUGACGAAUCAGCACAGAAGGACUGCAUCAGCUGACACUGUGAAUGAUGUUGAAGUACACUCUAUUAGUAAUUCCUCCCGUUCGAGCAUCACUUCUGCAGCUUCUAGCAUGGAUUCUUUGGAUAUUGACAAAGUGGUGCGCCCUCAAGAACUGGAUUUGACAACAUGUCAGGGACAGCCAGUUACUGAGCACUCCUAUCUGGACAGGGAAACCUCCCUUCUUCUGCGAAACAUUGCAGGAAAACCUUCUCAUUUGCUGACCAAGGAGGAACAAGCAGCAAAACUGAAAGCUGAGAAGAUCAGAGUUGCCCUGGAAAAAAUUAAAGAGGCUCAAGUGAAAAAGCUGGUGAUCAGGGUCCACAUGUCUGAUGACAGUUCUAAAACAAUGAUGGUGGAUGAGAGACAAACAGUGAGGCAAGUGCUGGACAACCUGAUGGACAAAUCUCACUGUGGCUACAGUUUAGACUGGUCGCUGGUAGAGACCGUUUCUGAGUUACAAAUGGAGAGAAUCUAUGAAGACCAUGAAAACUUAGUUGAAAAUCUUCUUAAUUGGACAAGAGAUAGCCAAAACAAGCUUAUAUUUAUGGAACGUAUAGAAAAAUAUGCACUUUUUAAAAACCCACAGAAUUACCUUCUUGGGAAAAAGGAAACAGUUGAGAUGGCAGACAGAAACAAAGAAGUGCUGUUAGAGGAAUGUUUUUGUGGAAGUUCUGUAACUGUCCCAGAAAUUGAAGGAGUCCUUUGGUUAAAAGACGAUGGCAAGAAGUCCUGGAAGAAGCGUUACUUUCUCUUGCGAGCAUCUGGCAUCUACUAUGUCCCUAAAGGAAAAGCAAAGGUAUCUCGGGAACUGGUGUGCUUUCUUCAGCUGGAUCAUGUUAAUGUGUACUAUGGGCAGGACUAUCGGAGCAAGUACAAAGCACCCACAGACUGUUGUCUGGCGUUAAAGCACCCACAGAUCCAGAAGAAGUCUCAGUAUAUCAAGUACCUCUGCUGUGACGAUGUGAGGACACUGCACCAGUGGGUCAAUGGAAUCCGAAUCGCAAAGUAUGGGAAGCAGCUCUACACAAAUUACCAAGAAGCCUUGAAGAGGACAGAGUCUGCUUAUGAUUGGACUUCUUUAUCCAGCUCCAGCAUUAAAUCUGGAUCUAGUUCUUCCAGCAUCCCAGAGUCUCAGUCAAAUCAUUCUAAUCAGUCUGACAGUGGAGUCUCUGACACCCUACCCACAGGGCACAUCCGUUCCCAAAGCACUGUGAGCUCCAUCUUCUCGGAAGCUUGGAAGCGUGGCACUCAGUUGGAAGAGUCCAGCAAGGCCAGAAUGGAAUCUAUGAAUCGGUCCUACACUUCACUUAUGCCCCCUCUGUCCCCUCAAACUAAGACCAUCACCCCGUAUACUGCCUCACAACCUUCACCCCCUCUGCCUCCUCCUCCUCCACCUCCUCCUCCUCCACCACCUCCACCACCACCACCACCACCACCACCUCCUCCUCCUCCUCCUCCUCUCCCUAGCCAGUCUACACCUUCUGCAGGCUCAUCAGCCACCAUGUUUGUCAAGUACAGCACAAUCACCAGGCUGCAAAAUGCAGCUCAGCAGUCAGGGUCCCUGUUUAAGUCUCCGCCACCCCCAGCGAUGCAACCUCUGCCUUUGGCUUCACAGUCCCUCAAGGCUCAAAUUGUGGUGCCCCCCAAUGGAAUUAUUCCUCCACCCCCUCCUCCUCCACCACCACCAACCCCUGGUUCAGCCAUGGCCCAGUUAAAGCCAGUGCCAUGUGCCCCGUCCCUGCCACAGUUCUGCUCCCAACCCCCUCCACUAAAGAUUCAUCAAGUUCAUCAAGUGGCACCUCCCAUACCCCCACCAGCUCCUCCCAUCCCUGCAACUGGCCCUCCUCAAGCACCCCCUAAACCCCUAGUUACCAUUCCUCUUUCAGUCAGCACCAAAACUGUACCAUCAAUAGUGGCACAAGCUGUACCACCCACCCCUGCACCUCCAGUGCCCCCAGCAAAGAAACAGCCAGUUUUCCCCAUUUCUCACAUUCCACCCUCUCCCCCUGUUCAGCCUGCUCCAUGUCCACCACCAACACUACCAAAGCAGCAGAGCUUUGGGGUGAAGCCACCCCCCUCUCCACUGUCCCCCAUGCCCUCAGUUGUGAAGCAGAUAGCCAGUCAGUUUCCACCCUCUCCCACUCCUCCUGUGGACUCACAGCCCCUAAAACCUCUCCCAGCAAGUGUCACCUCACAGUCCCCUCCUGCAGUGAAAGCAAAACCCAAGUGGCAACCCAGCUCAAUCCCUGUCCCUUCCCCAGAUUUCCCUCCUCCCCCUCCAGAAAGCAGCCUGGUGUUUCCUCCUCCACUUCCUCCAAGCCCAGCCCCAGCCCCAACCCCACCACCAGUGCCACCCAUGGCUUCACCUAUCCCUGACAAAGGUGGAUCUCCAGGCAAAAAGCCAAGUAAGAUGUCCAGCCCUGGGGGAAAGAAACCACCCCCAACCCCACAGCGCAACUCCAGCAUUAAGUCUGCCGAGCACCCUGAGCCCAAGCGACCCUCGGUAGACAGUCUAGUCAGCAAGUUUGCACCGCCAGCAGAAUCGGGAUCUCCCCACAAAGAGACCCCACCUCCUCCUGCAGCACCUCCCAAACCUGGGAAACUACACCUUUCUGGAGUCAAUCUUCCUGGAAUCCACCAGCAAGGGAGUGUGUCCACAACACCUUCUGUUCUGAGUGGGCGUGGAAAUGACUCCGUAGUGGAAUUUCCAUCUCCUCCAUCCGAUUCUGACUUUCCACCCCCUCCACCUGAAAUAGAGCUUCCUCUGCCCCCUAUUGAGAUUCCAGCCAUAUUCUCGGGAAACACCUCCCCCAAAGUGGCAGUUGUUAAUCCUCAGCCACAGCUAUGGUCUAAAACAUCUGUGAAGAAGGCCCCACCCACCCGACCCAAACGAAAUGAUAGCACCCGCCUCACUCAAGCUGACAUCUCUGAGCAACCAGUGAUGACCACAGUUGUGCCACAAGUGCCCACCUCUCCCAAAUCCAGCCUUAGUGUCCAGCCUGGAUUCCUAGCUGAUCUUAACAGGACACUGCAGCGCAAGUCUAUCACGCGGCAUGGCUCCCUCUCCUCUUCACGAAUGUCCAGAGCAGAACCCACAGCCACCAUGGACGACAUGGCACUACCCCCACCACCACCAGAACUGCUGUCUGACCAGCAGAAGGCUGGUUUUGGAGGCAGUCAUAUUUCAGGCUAUGCAACAUUGCGAAGAGGACCCCCUCCCACUCCCCCUAAAAGAGACCAGAAUACUAAGCUCUCAAGAGACUGGUAGCCACAAGACUUAAUAUCUAUAAUCAGUUCUACAAUCAGUUUACCUAAUCAUCUGUGAAUCCAGGUGUUCAGAGCCUCCUGAUAUGUUAUUCAGGUAGUGUCCAGCUAUAUGUGUGUUUGUGUGUAUAUGUGCUGCCUGUGUGUACACAUGUACACACAGCUUUACAGAUUGUGUGUAUAUACGUAUGUAUACAUCUGUGAAUGUGUAUAUAUGGAGAGAACUGAUUCUAUUUAUUUCUUUUGCCUCCUAAUCAGAAAAUAGGGUUUUGUAUUUUUGAGUGGAAGAAGACAUAGGAGGAGAUAUGUUGUCACUUAUAAUUUGUUUAUCAUACGGAUUGGACCAAAAUCUAGAAGGUAUUUCAAAACUGUCUGUCCAUGUGCCACAUGUGCAUGUGUCAUAGAAGAAAUAGAUGGACAGUUUCUCAGUUUGAGGAUAUCAUGAGAAUGUCUGCUAUAUCUGUAGGGCUUUUUUGUUUUUCCCAGUUGGCUGAAUUUAGAACUGCUUAACUGACGCUUAAAUACUACAUAUAAAGGGGCACUUUAGUUCAGGAAAACCUUCAAUAUACAGAACGGGUAAAUGGCGCAGGAAGGGGAAAUGCUGAAGACAUUGUGGUUGUACAUAGGAAAGUCAUGGCUGUUCUAGUUGCAGUAGUCCUGCCAUGACCCCAGCCACAUCUUGAGGUAAGCUUUUUGCCUACAACACAAGAAAUAUUUAAUGCUAUAAUCCUAACUACUUUCAGUAGUCUUGCAAAGCUUCAUCAGUUUGAUUUCAGGAGUCUUGCUUUUUUGUAGAAUGUCCAGUACACACUGUAAUGUACUGCCCCAAUUAUGUCUUUGGGUCAUUUACCUUCACAUAUAGUGUGUACAUUAGUAGACAUUUGAAUCUGUGGAUAGUACAAAUAUGAAAUAUACUCCCUGUGCCCAAUGCAGUACAUCAUUAAAAACAAAGUCAACUUCUGCAAUGCCUUCUUUACAAGUUGUUCUCCAUGAGCGAUAAAGACGAUAGGAAAAUAUCAUUCAUCAAGUUUUAAAGCAAAGAAUCCAUUUGGGAUAGGACUAUCAUGAUCAAAAUGAGUUUCCAUAAUUUCAUCCAUAGCUACUGGAGCUGCUAAGAUCUUUUCUGUUUAGCUUGAGUGUAGGGCUUUUACAGGUAGCCAUGUGUGCUGAUGGGGCCGUGUCAUAGUCCACUUGCAGUGAGCACGCACUGAUGGCACUACUAUGUUCACACUGUUCUCUGUGCUUUUGGUAAUUUUUUUCUUGGUACAUGAGAAAAGUGUGUACUUACCAACUUAGAGUGAUAGAUGCAAUGCAAUCCUAGUUAUUUUAAGCAAGAGAAUAAAGACUGGCCAUCCCACUUUUUACAAAUGAGCACAUCUUGUAAAGAGCCUGUGACUGUUGUAAAGAUAACCAGCACCAAAUGAAGAAAUCUUUUGGUCCUGUCCCUCAAGCAGAAAGUGACUCUAAUGAAUCUGGGUAAAGAAGAUAAAAGUCUUCACACUGGGUGUCAAGUUUCACUACACUAAUUUCCAUUAAGGAACCACAUCAUAAAGAUGUGUAAGUGGCACCUCCCACACAUCUCCAGCCACUCUUCAGAUAGCCAUGCAGUUAGGGGGGAAAAGACUAAAAGUCAUUGUGCUUUUUAAAAAACCCUACUUAGAUUUUUUUUUAAUCUUUGAAACUGCUCACCAAGUAUUUGUGUGCUUACAUUUCUUAUUAUGAAAUGAUCUUUAACUGCAUUGUUAGUUUCAACAUGUACAACAAAUGUAUUUAAUCUGAAUACAGAUGCCAAGCCACACUGAAUUACUUCCUCAUGCAAAUCAACCUGCAGUUCUCCAUUCAAUCUACAGACAAUCAAGAGUGCAGAUCAGUUAUUCCUGGGGUUUAUCUCUAGGGUUUGUGUUUUCUUUUUAAAUUAACCCAGCUAGACAACUUAAGAUUUCCUUGAGUGCAAAAAUAUGUACCUCCAAUCUAGAUUGAGCCCUAAAUCAACAACCUUCAUUUUUUUUCAAUGUGGACUCCAUGGGAACUCCCAAGUCCAUCCUGAAGCACUGCUUCUGGUUUUAUUUUCUUGGGAGAACAGAUACCUUUGAUUGAAUACUAGUAAUGCCAAGAAAACGAGGGGGUGGUCCACUGUCCAUUCUAACUUAUCAUAUGACAGCAUGCAGUUUCUUUAUAGUUCUCCAGAGACAGAAAUAACUGUUAAUAAAAAAACAAUAAACCAAAGUGCCACAUUCCAAUUUUUUUUUCUCACUGCUUAGUGCUGAGAUGUAGUUUUCUUUCUUUUUCUCUGGUGUGUUCUCGGACAAGACCUACUGCCAGCCAACACUAGUUCUGUGCCUUCUUCCACCGCCCGUAGCUCAGCAGCUCAGCUCACACGGCCUUUUCAGGCAGUGAGAGGCCUGUGGAGGCUGCCUGGACAUUAACAGUGAACAGUGAAGGACCUUUGCUCCUGAGGGCAGACACAGAUAGGUGCUUUUCAGAAUUGGUUUGGUGACCUCAAUUUUUAUUAUACAUUAAUUUCAAGUCUUAGUACUUAAAGUUUGGGCACCAACUCUGAAGCAGCCAAACUUGUUCUCAAUAAAAUGACCUAACGGUGAUCCACAGGUGCUGGCCUGAGUAUACUGUAUAUUAAGUCUCCCCAGCUUGGCGUUUAGUCCCAAAAGAUUUAAUAUGCUUUCUCUCAUCUUUUACCCACUGUAAUUCUCAUUUGGAGGAAAAAAGGUCUGUUUCAGACAUCUACUUAACUGUUAACACUUUUUUUUCCAAUGUCUAAACUUUUUAACAUAAGAAAGAUGGCUGGAUCUUAAAGAUUAUCAAAAAGACCUAUUUUCAUUAGACAAUGAAGAGAGAUAACAAUGCUUUUUUUUGUUUCUGUUUUUGCUUUUUCUUAAGUCGUCCAAAAUCAAGGUGCUCUUACCCACUGAUGGUGUAUCUUGCAAUGGGCUGAGAACUGUUUUGGGUCUAUUCCCUGUAUUGUACUUUGGUAAAUUAGAAUUGAGAGGUCACAGUAAUUCUAACAGGGUAACAACUCUAAGGUCUAGAUCAACAGAAUCCUGGGUUUAGGAGCUGGGCAGCAGUGUGAAGUGGUUCCUCAGACUUCCAACAGAACAUGUUGUCACCUUCGCUACUCAAAUAAAGCAGUUUUAUGUUACAAACACAAGGGCAGUGUUUAAGCAAAUAAACCCAUUUAAAGCAUUUUUCGUAUCACCAAAACUAGCAAUAUAACUGAUGUAAUUCCAGAUUUUACACCAGUUUAGAACAAUUAAAACAAUGCCCUGUAUGGUUGUGUGAUAGCUUUCGAUAAAACUGGGAUAAUUAUUUUUGUUUAUACAUGAAGAUGGCUUUUUUUUAAAGAAAAAAAAGUUCCUUUCAAAUUACAAAAAUCUUUUGAACUGUUAAUUUUUUAACUUUUUAUUAUCUGUUAUAUGUGACCUCUAUCAAAGUUGACCCAAAGGGAAAUGCAAGGUGAGGGGGGGCCCCACCAUCUUUCUAGAUGGUCCUUUGAAAACCUAGUGAAAACAUGUUUAACACUCUACCAUCAAAAUUACAAGUGUGCAGUGCCCUUAGGGGUUUAUAUGUAAAAGACAACUAAAAUUUAAGUAAAGAAUUGCUUAAUGAAACAACUAUAAUGUGUUGGAAGGCAGGGGACUCUGGUUUGCUCUGAAGUAAACCGUCCUAGACAGCUGUCUGCUAUAACCCCCGUGCUUGAACUCGUUAGAGGAAUAGCAUGUAAAAACAACAAAAACCACCAAGUAAACUUUGAGGUGCUAAUGAAAGAGGGGACAGGUAAGUAUUUUUGAAGUUUUGGCAGAAAUGGAGGGGGAUGACUGUCUUGUAUUACAGGAGAAGUUCUCAUCCACCUAAAUGGAGUCUGUUUUCUACCAAAGAUAUUUAGAGAAGUGGCUCAAGUCAACACUGAGUUCUGUUUUAAGAGCUGGCCAGAUUUGGGAGCAUGUUGUUCUUAAGCUAUGAAUUUCAAGCAAGUGAUUGUUAAAGCAUCAACUUCUUAGGAAGACAAGGGAAACAGGGAAUACAUUUUUAGAAACUAUCCAUUCGUUAAAUUUGUUACAAUUUAAUUCCAAAAAUGCUGGUUUUCAUAAUUCCACCUCCUAGUUUUUCCUGUAUUUGUAAAUAGUCCCUCCUAGAAAAUAAGCAUUAAUUGGAAUGUUUGAAAUGACUUUGCUUAGUUUUAAUAUCAGCCACUUAGUAAACUCUUCCUCCAGAGCAGAGAUGAAUAAGGUAAACUAUGAUUAGAUUGUGCUAAGUGUUGUAAAAAUACUAUUUACUGUCUUCAAUGGGUUGUUGUCUUCUUUCCCUGUUUUUUUAUUUUUAUUCCAAAAAUGGAGUCAAGGCUCACUCUGACUUCUAGCUGUGGGAAUUUUGUCAUGAUACAAACAAUAGUAUACUUUUUUAAGGCAUGAAGAUAACAAAUGUACCAGAAAGGUCAUUAUUCAAAAGAUUAUGCACAAUUUGUUAAAGAUGAAGUUGUGGUUUUCUUUCAGCCUUUAUUAUUUUCUUCUGCAUAAAUGUACACUCAUUUCAUCAUGUGCCUUGCUCCCUGAUUGUGCAAAGCUGUAUGUACACACACACACACACACUACACACACACAUAUAUAUGAGAAAGAUAUAUUCAUUCAGUACUACUGAUGAUGUUUUUUCUUCUGCUGGAUUAAGUUUCUGAGUUAUAACUUGCCACUUGUCACAAACUAUUGUAACGGCUUGGGACAGUGGUCGGAUAGACAGAGUAAAUUUGUUUUUGUAGUUACGUAUUUUAUGUCAUCAAGCCCAAUCCUUAAUUUUAAAAAAAAAUUAAAUAGACUCCAUUUAAACACAA